AUGGCACCCAAAGGCAUCAGCAAUCGGACGCUUUUGGCGAAGCAAAAAGGCAUCAAGAUGGGUAUGAAUGUGAGCGUCACUUAUCGAGAGGAAGGCAAGGGCUCACUGCUGAAAUACGAGGGCAUCAUGGCCGACCGCCGCAUUGGCGGCACUGACCGAGAGUCCUAUAUUGAGCUGAAGAACACCAUCUUGAUUGGAAAAGAGAAUGAAGUUGUGGCUACAGAAGGUGUCAAGAGGUUCUACGACGCCUGGAUUGAAGACAUGGACCAGGCAGAAAAGAGGUUGCCUCAAGAAAUCACCACGGCACAAGCCGCAGCGGCUGCACGGCGAACGGCCGCUCCACCGCGACCAGAGCGAAGCAGCUGUGGCUUAGACUGUGGAGGCUGUGGAUGCCUGGGUAUGCCAGGUAUGGGAGGUUGCGGCUGCGGAUGCGGUUGUGGCCCUUGCGGCUGUGCUGGCGGUUGUGGCUGCCCCUGUGCUGGCUGCGGCUGUGGCUGCGGCUGCGGCUGCGGCGGCUGCGGCUGCGGCGGCUGCGGCUGCGGCGGUUGUGGCGGUUGUGGUUGUGGUGGCUGCUGCGGCGGCUGUGGCUGUGGCGGCUGUCCAGCCGGUGGCAUGUCUCCGAUGAUGAACCCGAUGAUGGGUGGCGGUGGCAUGAACCCCAUGAUGGGCAUGAUGGGUGGCAUGAACCCCAUGAUGGGGAUGAUGAACCCCAUGGGCAUGGCCAUGGGCAUGGCGGCCAUGAUGUCAGCUGCGAAUGGCAUGAAGAAGGACGAUGAUGAAGACAGUGAUGAGGAAGAGGCCCCAGAACCUCAGGUUGAGGAGACCAAAGGCUUUAAGGUUCCUGGCGUUCCGGAGCAUUUGGUGCUCCCAGGUCUCAAGGGUCAAACAGAGUCUCAAGAUGUAACCAAAGAGUUGCUGAGCAUCGACGAAGGGGUGCGCAAAGUGGGAACUAACUCCAUGCUCUGA